AUGUCACCCAGCAAUGGGGGUGACCUCAAGUGGCUUGUACCAUGCAUUGUGCUGGUGCCUCUGGUCUACACCUACCUCAUCUCUCGCUUGACGAUAUCGGUUUCGCAUACACCUCAACUGCCAUCCACCCCAACCCCAGAGAGAAUCAACCAGGCCCGCCAACGACGGCAAGCGCUUCAGCAACUGGAGACGAAGAAACGCCAUCUCUCUCGUAAACCGUUUCCUUUGUUGAAGCUCCCUGUGGAACUCCGGAUCCUCGUCGUACAGCAUUGCGCCUCGUCCCCAGAAACGUUUUCGAGCCUUUUGUUGGUGUCGAGGCAUGUUCAGCACCUCGCCUACACUAGUUGUCUACCCCUACUCCCCAUUCGACUCAUCGACGAGCAUCAAAUCAUGUCGUUCUCUUUGUUCUUGGAACAGAAACCUUCGCUGUCGGGGUUGGUUCACCACUUGUGGGUUACGCCUCUCCAGGAGCCCUGCGUGACCACCGCGGUGGGGAUCGUGAAGCGAUGCACAAACCUGACAAGUCUAGCCUGUACAGGCAGAAUGCUCCAAGACAGCGUUACCUCGGCUUUCCGAGGCUAUCGACUCCACCAUACUCGACUCAGAGAGCUCACUCUGUUGUACACAAGUGAUGCUAAUUGGGCCAAUAUACUCCAUUCUCAAAGCACCAUCUCCUUCUUCCAGCGGCUUACCCAUCUUCGGUUAGUGGGCGAUCGCGUGCCAGCUGGGAUCAAGUUUCCUAACCUCGUUCAAAUCUCGUUCGCGUACAACGCGAUGCAAACUUUGGGGCACGAGCUGCUGGAGGAUAAAGAGGCGUAUCCGCGAUUGCAGUCGGUUGCGCUGGUUCGAGAGCGGACGCAUCUUGGGAGCAGUGUGCGUAUUUGGAGGAAGCCGAAUCCGGACCCGGCGCACACCGACAAGAAUGUCGUCAGCAACGUGUUUGUGUAUGAGAUUCCUGCUCAAUGGACAGAGCUUAAUAUGUGGUGUGACAACGCCUUGGGAAAGGGGUUCUGGCAACUCUGCGCUGCGACAUGA